GCAGUCGCGUAUAUGACGUCAUCAUAAUCGUAAACGCUUCCUGGUUGGCAGCAUACAGCACUGAACUAAAUUGAAGUGACCCGGGAAAGUGAACAUCAUGGCGUCUCCACAACAAGACAUUGUCGCAGCAAACACAAAAUUUGCGUUUGAUAUCUUCAGCACUCUCCCCAAAGGUACCAACACCUUCAUUUCACCUCUGAGCAUCUCGGCUGCCCUGGCCUUGACCUUGCUUGGUGCUAGGGGGACGACAGAAACCAACAUGAAGGAGGUCAUGAACCUGAGUGACCUUAAGGACGUCCAUGCGACCUUUGGAAACUUGACAGGGAUCCUGAAUCGCACCACUGCAGAUUAUGUCUUGCGUCUGGCGAACCGUCUCUUCGGGAUGGAGGGGUACAACUUCUUAGAACCAUUCCUAGCAGACUGCAAAAGUCAAUAUGGAGCUGAGCUCAAAAGUCUUGACUUCAGGAACGAGGCUGCGUCCCGCAAGACCAUCAAUGAUUGGGUUGAGAAGCAGACCGAGGAUAAGAUCAAGGAUUUGAUAAAACCAGACGUCUUGACUGAAGAGACUGCACUUGUUCUUGUGAAUGCCAUCUACUUCAAGGGAACCUGGAAGAAUCCAUUUGAAAAACGUGCAACCAGGAAGCAGCUAUUUCAUCUCUCGGCUAAAGAACAGGUUCAGGUGGACAUGAUGUUCCAGGGGGAAUUCGCAAGAUGGGGCUACUUUGACCAACAUGGUUGCCAAGUCAUUGAACUUCCCUAUGGGAAGGCCGAGGACCUAAGCAUGGUGUUCCUGGUUCCCCUGGAGAUAGAGGGACUAGCGGCACUGGAGAAAAAGCUAACGGUAGGGCUAUUAGACGAAAUCACAAAGAAGCUCUCCUCUUCAAAGCUUGAUAUUAACAUCCCGAAGUUCAAGUUUGACUUUGAGAUGAACUUGGGUGACGUCUUGGUUAAGAUGGGCAUGGGUGAGCUCUUCACCAGGGGCAAGGCUAACCUCUCUGGGAUGGAUGGGACCAACAGAUUGUACAUCUCUGCAGCUGUCCAUAAGGCCUUUAUUGAUGUGAACGAGGAGGGUACUGAGGCAGCUGCAGCCACUGGUAUGAUGGCAGUUGCUAUGUGUAUGCCACCACAGUUCAUCGCGGACAGACCAUUCUUGUUUUACAUUCGAGACAACACGACCAAGUCGGUGCUGUUCAUGGGGCGUGUUCACAAGCCGGAGUAACCCAUUCGAACUGGAGAGGCUUUCAGGUUGGGGAGGUCGUACUUAAGGACGAGAUAACUUUCAACAAUGAUUUCGUCAACGCCACGUCAGACCUGAAGCCAACUCUGUUGUUAUGUAGAUUUUAGAUAUCGGAUUCAUGUUUUCUCUACAUUUGCUACUUAAACUGGCCCAGAAGAAGAUACAUCACAAUGAUGUAGUGUAGUUUCAAAAUUCAUAUCUCUCGGGUAUUUGAUUUGCCUUUAUCGUAUCAUGUACUCAUCUUUUAUAAUAUUGUGAAGCGCAGGAAAGAUUUAUCAACCUUUGGCGCUAUAAAAAAUGGUAAAUACACGUAAUAAUAACAAUAAUAAUACCUUA